GAUAGGUCGGCGCAAAGAGAAGACAUUAUUCUGCGAGUUGUAAGGCCCGUGGGUAAUCUGCAAGACCUUCCAGCUUAUCGGGGAUUUCCAAGCAACAUGGUGAACAAUGACGGCGCCUCUUGCUGUCUGGGCAUGGACAUGUCAUGUGAUGACAGUCACGGAUGGGCGGCAGUCAAACUUCAACGCCCUCGGAGCAGUCAGACUCAGACAGCAUGUCGACAAGGCAAUCACUGCAAAGUUUGGCCGCUGACAGCUGGCGAGAUCUCAAAUUUCAGACUCUGUUCUUGUGCAUGUUGUUUUGGUCCAGCUCAUCUCCGUCUAACAAACAUCUGCCCUCAAACCACCUUUUGGACUUUCGGGCAACGGGCAUGCCGUCAACCUUCCUGCUUUGGUGGGUUUGUGCCAGAAGAGGCUUUUCUAGGCCGAGACUGCCGACAAAACAGGUUAGAUUGGAUCCAGGAGGGUGACCUGUGGCCUGAGACCGGCAAGGAUACUCGUCAAGCACUGCUGCAGGUCCAAAACCCUGGCCCUGUCAGACAGUGGAAUUGGGGCUCGCUAGGGCAUAACUGGCUCUUCUCCACUGGUGCAGGUGUCUUGUUUGACGGCGUGUGCAGUGUCCUGCAUAUUCUGAAGUGCUGUUCCUGCAUUGGCGUCAACAGAUCCCUCCAAUCCGCCCGUUUUGACGGACCGGAAAGUGAGAAUAUGGAGGAUGGCGACAGCGGUCUGAUACGCAGUGAGGGUGAUGAACGUAAUUUUCUUGCAUUUUUUUGUGAGUCAAGGAGCGAUUUCAACGGGGAAAGCGGAUAUGGCUGGAGACGAGUACCCAGCGUGAUGACGGGGUUGCAGCCUGACUGAUGCAGUCGUGUGAUGAAAAGACGCAAGACGCAAGAUCUACCCUGGUAGGCGUUGGAAAUGGAUGGGAAUGACCUGACCAAGCGCCUCUUUUUUCUUUCGUUUCCUCAUCUGUUCAUGUCUGUUCUCUCACUUACCCAUGCCCUGAGUUAGGAGAUGCCUAAUCGCUGCCCAUCCACUGCUGCCGUGCGCCUCUGCCGCGGCUCGUUCGGGGAGGAUUGAGAUCUUGUCUUGUUUCCUUCAAGCGCCUUCUCCAUGGGCGCAAAAUGCAUCAAUCGCACAGAGGCUCUCAGGCUCGUGGGUUCCACCGUGACCUUGAUCUUUAGUGGCUCGUCUCUUCCAUCCAAGCUCCAUGUUUAGGCUUCGGCCCUCGUAAGUCAAGUGUCAGUGCCCCCUGUCACUGUCGUCUAGGCCUCCACUCGCCUUCAUCUCUGGUACCUGCUUUUGUGUGUCUUGCCCAUCUCCACUGAUUCUGAUCGUUCUCUUCUCUCUUUCGCUCG